CCCCGCGCAGCCGCAGUCCACUUCCGCGCAGCGGGCCGUGCCGGGCCGGGAGCCAUGGUGGCGCGCGUGCUGCGGCCGCUGCUGUUGCUGGCGGGGUCGGUGACCUUUGCCACCAGUGUGACCUCAUGUGGCCCAGAUAUGUACCCUUCUGAGGACCUCUGCUGCAAACUCUGCCCAGCCGGCUACUAUGUCAGCAGACACUGCAGUACGAACCACAGCCGUGGAGAAUGCACACCGUGUGGGCCUGGCACCUUCAUGGCCCACAACAACAGCAGGCUCUACUGCCAGCUGUGUAACCAGUGCCGGGAAGACCAGGAGCCGGUGACCAACUGCUCUGCGACCAGUGACCGGCAGUGCCAGUGCAAGACGGGCCAGUACUACUGUGACUCUGCAGACUGCACGGAGAUCUGCUUCCGCUGCAGCAGGUGUCCUGGAGGCAGAAAGCCCCUUCGGCCAUGUAACGCCACGGCGAACACAGUAUGUCCUGAGCCAGAAAAUGUAAACUGGUAUUGGUUAUUCCUCUUGGUUCUGCCUGUCAGCAGCAUCAUCAUCUUGGCCAUUUAUUAUGUAAAAAAAGGGAGACACCGCGUCCAGCAGUGGAUGGGCAAGUUCCUCAAACGAGAGUCAAAUGAGCCAGGCAUCUCUUUUGCUCUAAGCAGCAGCCCCAGGGUGACCCUGCUGCCCACGCCCACGGAGACGCUGCUGCCCGCGGAUGCCAGCAGGGACCAUCCAGCCCCUGGUGCGGAAACGACAGCGCUGUUGCAGGAGGAGAACUCAGCCUUGCCUGCCGAGGCCGAGGCCGAGGCCAGCCCUGGGCCCCUAGAGGCCCCGGGGGAGAGCCCCGUGGGGCAGGUGCUGGUGGCUGAAGGAAGCACAGCUGCCCCAGAGCAGGCACCGCACACUCGUCCUCCUGCUGCCCGCGGGCCCCAGGGCUGGACCAAGGCCACAGCCCCCCUAGGUGACCUGGAGAAGGAAUAUGCACAAAAGUAUUUUUUGAAGGAUAUGUCCUGUGACGCCACCAACAGGAUUUAUUAUGAAAUUGGACAUGAGGUUCCAAAAAGUAAAUGGAAGAUGUUUAUGAGAUUUAUCCAACUUGAAGAAAAUGAAAUUGAGAUUUGUGAACACGAAAAUCCAGGAAAUGUGAUGGAACAGCAUCAUAAGAUGCUCCUGCGGUGGAGAAAUAACCAUGGAAAGGACAGUUCUGUUUUUAAACUCAUGGCUGCCCUCCAUACAAUGGGGUUGGACGUGCCUUUGCAAAAUAUUAUAAGUAAAUUACUUGCUGAAGAUAUCUUAGGUAGGCAUGCUGGGACCCCAAGUUAGAGUCUCUGUUGGCACAUUUGAUGUUAAGCACUGGCCUGGAUGAAUCGGAUAUGAGCUGCUUCUACAAGCUGUGAUCUUGCUGGAAGCUUCACGAAUCCCAGAUACGGCUGUACUUUCUGUAUGAAGCUUUUGAUGGGGAGGUCAGUUCUGUGGACAGGCAAGGGUGCUUCUCUGCCAGAGAGCUGUCCUGUUCACGGUCCUGGAAGCCUCUUCCCCAGGAGCUGAGGCGAGGAGGAUUUGGUGGUUGUCUUUCUGCCUUGACCAUUGGUUCUCACAGUCACUGUGCUGCUCCCGUGGCUAGAAGAGGGUGUGGUCCAGACAGUUGUUCCCUAAAUAUGCAUGAGUCAGUCAACCACAAAGGCAGCUUGCUGGCCACUCUGAGCAGUUGUGGAUGAUGGGCUGCAGCGGGCACUGGGAUCAGAAUUGGUGCUCUUAGGCUGCCCCUGGGGUCUGGGUCUUCUGCCUAAGAAGAUUGAAUUUAUACUAGACCCCACCUUCUCAACCAAGAUUAGCAGGGGUGGGGCAUGGUGCCAAUCACAGAGACCUCUUUAAGUGCCUUAAACUUUUUAAGUACUGAGGCCAAAUAUGCUCUUUCAUCAAAUAUUGUACAAUUUAGCAAUAUGUGCCUUAAUAAUUUUUCUUUUUUCUUGGAGACAGAAUCUCACUCUGUCGCCCUGGCUAGAGUGCAGUGGCAUCAUCACAGCU